GCACCUCCGCAUGCUCUUAAAAUUCUAUAAGAAAGCCAGUUUCUGCCACUCUUUGUUUUGUCCAAAUUCCCUUUCCUCUUGUUCUGCCUUGUAAAAUGCAAGCUACUUGAGUUUGUGAUCAGGGAUCAAAAUUCAAACUUUUUUUGUAAAGCUCGUCGGGUUGUGUAAACAUUGUUCAGAGGAUGGAUCCUCCACGAGCUUCAGGUACGACUACUCAUCGCCAAAGUGACCAAACGCAAGGGAACGAUGCAAGGAAUGAGGAUAGGGAUAUCGAGGAGCAACGUCCCAGCAAGGUUGUUGACGGUUGCAGUAUCGUCAAAUAUUUGUAUUCUUUCGUACGCUUGCAGUAUCGUCAAAUAUUUGUAUUCUUUCGUACGCUUGCAGUAUCACUGGAUCCCUUGUUCUUUUACGUUCCCCUGAUCAAAGAAGACAAAAAGUGCAUUGGGUUAAACAAUGUGGUGUGGACCAUAGCUGUUGUUUCGCGAUCGGUCGUCGAUGCCGUUUUCCUAGUGCAUUUUGUAGUGGAAUACAUGAUACGACGUGAUGAACUCAAAAAUGGUCGAAGGCACUUAUGGUUCAUCAUGUUGAACGUUCUAGCUAUUCUGCCUAUUCCACAGGUGGUAAUGCCAAGCAUGUAUUCAGUGAUGAGACGGACAAAAUCUUCAAAUAUAACAAUCUUGAACUCUCUAAUUCUUUUGCAAUAUGGGCCAAGAGUUUUCCAAAUCUACCGAUACUGGAAGGAACUCAACAGAGAAGGGGAAUCUAAUAAUAAGGCUUCCCAACGGUUCAAAGCUACAUGGAAUUUAUUUCUAUACAUCCUUGCUGGUCAUGUAUUGGGAGCCUUUUGGUACUUUUUCUCUACUCAACGACUAGCGGCUUGCUGGCACAAAGCUUGUGGAAUUCAUGGGGUUGAAAUUUCUUUUAACUGUGACCACAGUUUUAGAAAUCUCUCUUUUAUAGAUGAUUUCUGCCGUAUUGAUACACCAAAUCCAAGUACCUUUGAUUUUGGAAUAUUUCUUGAAGCCCGUCAAUCCGGAAGCUUAGAGUCCACGAAUUAUUUGCCAAAAGCAUUUUACUGUUUCUGGUGGGGCAUGCGAAAUCUAAGUUCUUUUGGGUCAAACCUCCAAACAAGUAGCUACAUAUGGGAAAACAUCUUUGCACUUGGAAUUUCUAUCUUUGGUCUGUUAUUAUUUCUUUAUUUCAUUGGAAACUUGCAAACGUACAUGGAGUACUCCAAACACGGCUUUGAUAGAACAAAAGAACGAGAAGAAGGCCUUAAGGGACGCAUGGGGAAGAGGAGAAAACAACAACAAAACCUUGAUUUGUGGAUGUACUCCAAACACGGCUUUGAUAGAACAACAGGGGACAAGAUUAUUGACCACAUGGCUAAGAGCUAUGAUUCAGACGAUGACGUUUCUGUAGAGACCCUUAUCCCUGAUCUUCCUCCUGAACUUGGAAGCGUUGUCAACCGCCAUUUCUGCUUAAAUAUGCUCAAGAAUCUGAAAAUCAUAAAAGACAGUGGGUUGGCCAAGCAUGAGUCACUGUUGCUUAAAAUCUGCGACUCUCUUCAACCAAUUUUCUAUAAAAAGUACCGCUACAUUGUUAGGGAGGGAGACCCAAUUGAUGCGGUAUUCUUUAUUACAGCUGGCACUGUGUGGACUUAUACAAGGAAUAAUGGUGAAGGAUCUGACUCUCGACAUACUGAGUGCCUUGCAAAAGGUCAGCACUUUGGAGGAGAACUUCUUGACUUGGUUUUGACAUCUACCUCCAACUUAUCAAAAGUCCCGGUUUCUUCAAAAACCCUGAAAACAUACACAAAAGUGGAAGCCUUUGCUCUAAUGGCCCAUGACUUGAAACGAAUUUGGCAAUCUAACCGUAUCGAUCCAAGUGCUCUAACUUGUCACAAUUAAGCUCGGAGUUCUAGGCAGCUUCACUUGUACAAUAAAUCUGGCGCCGCAAUCACCCGAAGAUGUAUGAUAGUGAUAGCGUUGGUGGUAGUUCAAGAAAACUUUAGAAUCCAGCAAAGCCUGACAGUACUAUUGUUGCAAAGCAAUAGUUUGUUUUGAUGUCUUUGAAGUAUUUAGCUUUUAUAGUCAUAAGGUUGCUACUUGUUUGGAUUCUGAAAAUAAUAAUGGUAGAAUUAUAAAAAGAAUAUUGUGUGAAACAAUAAAUUGUU